CACGUUGCCCCUGCAGUAAUCAGCCUCCUCUCCUUGGUCCGAUGCGCGCCUGUAGCUUAUACCCAUUUCAGGCAGGUCAAGAUCAUGUCGUAUGCUCCGCCAAGGGGCGUUCUAGGGCUUUUCCCGCGAACCUUGUAACACCGAAGGUUGAAAACGAAGAAAAACGUUAUUUCCAGUCUGUCGCCACUAUGGCCAUAUUACCGUUCAUGCACAACACGACCAGGAACCCACGAGGAAAUUUCACUUGGGCGCGUCUGCUUGACUGCUUGGUUGCUUUUAGUGCUGAUAUAACACUGCAGAUCCGAAUGCAUUCAGACAUUCCAUUACCUGAUGGCCCACUCAGUCCCAACCAACCAACCGUCGAUGAUGGUGGACAUCGGCUCAUUACUUAUGGAGUCGAUAAUUUUCGCUCGGGUGGGCUCCUUCACUUUUGAGUCCCUCUUGUUUCUGGGAUUCCAUUUCGUUUGAAUCCCAUAUCAGUGCUCAAGAUGAGGUUUCAACAUUCGACUACUCUGCUUUUAGUUGCGGUGAAGUCGGUGAUAGCUGUCCCGAGCCAGGUGGAACCGCCGAGAUGUGGCCUUCUUUGCAUCUCCCAAUCGACAUUCGCAUCGACAUGCGACCUGAUGGAUUUGACUUGCAUCUGCAGUAACGAGCAGUUGCAGGCGGAGAUACAGACAUGCGUGGCGUCGAACUGUACGAUACGGGAGCAACUAGCAACGAAGAAGUACUCGUACGAUGCUUGCGAUGUAGUCGGCGAGGACAGGAGGGCAUUGGUGUGGAUCAUAGGCGUUGUCUUUGGCGUUCUCGGGCUAGUUGCGUUCCUCCUCCGCUGCUUCGCGAGACUCUACAUCGGCCGACAGGCAUGGGGCAUGGAUGAUUGGUUCAUGUGUCUGGCCGUGGGGUUCAUGAUGCCAGUAUCAUUCAUGUCCGUCCCCAUUGCUCAACAUGGGCUGGGAUUAGAUAUGUGGAACGUCCCUUUCGACGACAUAACGUCCAUCCUUUACCUUUACUUCUGGGAUGAGAUAUUGUAUGCCAUAGUGCUGUCUCUCACCAAGAUUUCGAUACUGUUCUUCUACAUCAAGAUUUUCCCGAAACGCUCAUUUCGUUACAUGGUCUACGGACUUAUGGGAUUGAAUCUGUGCUACGCCAUCGCCUUCGUAUUUGCGCUAGUAUUUCAAUGCACGCCGAUCCAAGGUGCUUGGCGAGCAUGGGACGGCACUUUCGAAGCCAGGUGCCAUAGCAUCAACGUCAUCGGCUGGUCCGCCGCCGCCAUCAACAUCGUCCUUGAUCUCAUUACCAUCUGCCUCCCGCUACCGGAGUUAUUCCGACUGUCAAUGUCGCCUAAAAAGAAGAUCCAGAUCAUGUCCAUGUUCACGGUUGGCUUCUUUGUUACUAUAGUCAGCGGUCUUCGCCUACGUUCACUAAUUGCGUUUGGCAAGACUGAAAAUCUUACACAGGACUAUGUCGAAGCCGGCUACUGGACAACGAUCGAAGUCCCCGUGGGCAUAAUCUGCGCCUGCAUGCCGGCCAUCCGCUCGCUCUUCAGUCUCGUCUUUCCAAGAGCUUUCGGCACAACGCGCGGUAACAACUACGCCAGUGGAUAUGCGAGCCAAAAGGCUCGAUCAAGGGUAUCGACGAGGCCGAUGACGGGGAAUGCCAUCAGAGUCAACAAGGAAUGGACCGUUAUGAGUGGCCCAGCCGAUCUGAACGGCAGUGACGUGGAGUUGUUUUCUUUUGAGCAGAUGGCGACAGUGGAAGCUCCGCCUAAGAAGACGACGCCAAAUCGGCAUUCGGAUAUGUUGAGAAUUAAUGAGCAACAGGUAGAAGGGAGGUAGAUUUCAGGCGCUUGGAUUUGGGUUUGGUCAUGGAAGAACAGCGCAGGCGCAAGGCUAGGUUUAGUUUCUGUACUUCGGGGGUUAAAACAUCAACUAGAAUUAUUGUAUAGACUACCUCGUUAUACUGACUAAAUCCAUUUAUACAGUGUACUUCCCAUGGA